CAUUACUUCCAACCGACGUCACUCUUCGCAAAUUCUCUGGAAUUGAACCUACUUUAAAUUUGUUGAAAUUUCGGUCACACCAUCUGUUUCAUCUAAGCAGGUGCUUGAAAGGCUUCGGGUGCCUCCCCCUCCCGCCUUCCGUCAUGUCUUCCAUUUUUGAGAUUAGAGAGCACACGAUAGAGUGUCAGCACAUUAGACAGUAUGCAAGAGCUACUGCGACAUCGCAAGAAGAAGUUUUACAUCUAGCGGUCAAGCAGUACAUCCCUUUAGACAACCAGAACCCAAAGGAAGGGGACAUUACAAUUAUUGGAGCCUGUGCAAAUGGAUUUCCGAAGGAAUUGUAUGAGCCAUUGUGGGAAGACCUAUAUGCACGCUCAAAGAGCAAUGGCUUCAGGAUACGAGGUAUCUGGAUAGCAGAUACUGCAAUGCAAGCAGCCAGCGGCAUCCUGAAUGAACAGCUUCUAGGAAAUGACCCCGCAUGGACCGACCAUGUUCGAGAUCUUCUCCACAUGACCAACGUUUUCCGCUCCCAAAUGCCCAUGCCAAUAGUAGGCAUCGGCCACUCCUACGGGGCCAACAUCCUGUGCAACCUUGCUCUCAUCCACCCACGGCUCCUUUCAACCCUAGUUCUCUUAGAUCCUGUAGUUCAGCAACACGCUUCCGCACCGAGUGGACCAAGCCCAGCACAGGCCUCCACCUACCGCCGCGAUUUCUGGCCCUCCCGCGCAGAAGCCGAAGCCUCCUUCCGCAAGUCAAAGUUCUACCAAACCUGGGAUCCAAGAGUGCUGGAUCGAUGGUGCAAAUACGGUAUCAGAGAAACCCCAACGCCUCUGUAUCCCUAUGAGAAAGGAGUAACCCUCUCGACGACUAAGUAUCAAGAAUGUUUCACGUUUCUCAGACCUAGUUGGGAUGCGAUGAGCGAAGAUGGCAAGACGAUUGUGAAGCGGGAAUUGGUGCCUGACAUGGCUCCUAAUUCUCUUGUCAAAUUCCCAUUUUACAGGCCGGAACCACCAACUACGUUGGAGAGAAUCGGAGAGUUGAGACCGAGUGUGCUUUAUGUGUUUGGUUCUCUUAGUGAUAUGUCAAGUCCCGAUUCGUGCAAGUAUAAGGUAAAUACUACAGGAACUGGGACUGGAGGAAGUGGUGGGGCAAAGGACGGAAAGGUUGAGGGUGUGAUGCUGGAGGGCAUCGGGCAUUUGGUUGCAAUGGAGGCGAGUGAGAAAUGCGCUGAUGCUGCGGCGGCGUGGUUAGGAAAGGAGGUGAAGAAGCUUGACAAGGAGAGGCAGGAGUAUAUUGAGUGGACGAAGCAGAGUUUUGAGGCGAAGACCACUUUUUCAGAGGAGUGGAAGAGGCGAAUUGGACCUCCGCUGAAGCCGAUUCCAAAGAGCAAAAUCUAGAAAGGAUCACAGGAGAGUGUAUAUGCAAUAGAAGAAGAAAUUGGACAAUCUUCAUUGGAUUUCAUGUUCGCUUUCCCCAGAUACUCCAAACCGCUCAAUGUCCU